AUGCCAGGAUCUGAAGAUUCUUCCUCUUCAAAAUCAUCUCCAUCUUUCUACCCUGCUUUUGGUGUUAAUAACAUCAAAAAUUCCAUACCUAUUAUCCUCGAUCGAACUGAUGGACAUUAUCCAUCAUGGAUGAAGUUGUUCAAUAUCCAUGCAUAUGCCAUUGUCAAACAAUGGAUUUUCGCCACAAUCUCACCUGAUCUUAGACAAACGAUCCUGAAACCAGGUGCCUCUGCCCUUGAACUCUGGAAUCGUCUUGAAGAAAUUUUUCAAGACAAUAAAGCCACUCGAGCAGUGUAUUUAGAAGAGAAGUUCAACACCACACGUUCUGACUCUUUCUCCAAUCUUACUGAUUAUUCCUCUCGCCUCAAGAAUCUCGCUGAUCAACUCGCUAAUGUGGGUAACCCUAUCUCUGAAACUAAAAUGGUGUUACAACUUAUCGCAGGUUUGACUAAAGGUGAUUAUGAUAUUAUAGCAACCCUCAUUCAACAAACCGAACCUCUACCAAGCUUCAACAAAGCCUGGUCUUAG